AUGUACAACACAUUGGUAGAUCCUAGACGACAGACAGUGUUCCCAGACGUAGAUGAUGGUAGACGGUGGUGCUUUCAGACGGUGGUGCUUUCAGACGGUGGUGCUUUCAGACGGUGGUACGCUAAACGACAGUACAUCCCAUCCACAGAGUACGAGAUGGGUGCGGACAGCUCGAAAGAACCGGGGGUUGCUUGGGCAAAGUUUGCACCAGACCUGGACCCGGAAAGCCCGGUAAGGUGGGAGGAGGCCUCAGCAUUUCCUGGAUAUUCGUCAACCGUUGUCCAAGAGUCCUCACUUGUGGGCGGAUGGCAAGCGGCACUUAUAGCAGCUGAACAUGAACCAGCCACUGGUGCGUUAGACUUCAGUCGUCUCAAUGCCAAUACGCCCAAUAUGAGUAACAUUGUAGCCCCGACCAGAAUAGCAAGAAGAGCGAAGGUUGGAGAGUAUCCAAGCACAUGCUCAUAUACUGUCCCACGGGAUUGUAUUGUAUUUUUGCGGUGUAUGUAA